AUGCCCCAGAAUGAAAGGAGCUUCAAUUUUCUUCUUUCAUCGAAAAUAAAACUCUUCUAUUUGUGUUUGCAUUUUUUUUAUCUCAUGUUUAUCACGGGACAAGAGAAAAUAUGUUGCAUCACUCCACCUCCGCCAUUUAUUGUCGCUGCACAUCUCUUUCCCACUCUCGAUCCCAUCUCUCUCUCUCUCUCUAUCUAUCUAUCUAUCUAUCUAUCUAUCUAUCUAUCUUAUUCACAUUAUCUUUCUGCUAUGUUAUCCUUUCUAUCUAUCUAUCUAUCUAUCUAUCUAUCUAUCUAUCUAUCUAUCUCAUUCACAUUUUCUUUCUUUCUUUCUUUCUUUCUUUCUUUCUUUCUUUCUUUCUUUCUUUCUUUCUGCUAUGUUAUCCUUUAUGUUUAUCUAUCUAUCUAUCUAUCUAUCUAUCUCAUUCACAUUGUCUUUCUUUCUUUCUUUCUUUCUUUCUUUCUUUCUUUCUUUCUGCUAUGUUAUCUUUUAUGCUUAUCUAUUUAUCUAUCUAUCUAUCUUAGUCACAUUGUCUUUCUUUCUUUCUUCAUUCUUUCUUUCUACUAUCUUUCCUUUAUCCUAUCUAUCUAUCUAUCUAUCCUUCUAUCUAUCUAUCUAUCUAUCUAUCUCUUUCUUUUACAUAUCUAUCUAUCUAUCUAUCUAUCUAUCUAUCUAUCUAUCUAUCUAUCUCAGUCCUUUAUAUCUAUCUAUCUAUCUAUCUAUCUAUCUAUCUAUCUAUCUAUCUCAGUCCUUUACAUAUCUAUCUAUCUAUCUAUCUAUCUAUCUAUCUAUCUAUCUAUCUAUCUAUCUAUCAUUCAUCUAUCUAUCUAUCUAUCUAUCUAUCUAUCUAUCUAUCUAUCUAUCUAUCUAUCUGCUUUCCUUUCUUGCUACUUUUUUGUAUUUUUCCUCUGUAUUCUGAAUUACCUUACUCCAAUCCCAAGCCCCAUUUUGUACGCACGUUGUAUCCGAUUGCCGAUCUAUAUUCCCCUAAUUCCAAAAUUCACCUCCUGUCUUACACAGCUUACCAAUCUUUGCUUAUGGGUUUCCACUUCGAAACCCGUCAAGGCCUCAUCAACCCUCCAGCGAUCACUCUUUUCUUCUAUCUACGUCUGGACAUUCCCCCACCGUAUAAUCUAA